AUGGCCUGCAGCAAUCACGAAAAUGUUUCUGGAUUUAUCAUCCAAGGGUUCUCUGAUAUUCCUAAAUUUCGAAUCUCUUUUUUUGUGCUAUUUCUUGGAAUUUAUCUCAUCAUCCUGCUGGGAAAUCUCAUCGUAUUCUUAGUCAUUUCAUACAGUCCUCACUUACACACCCCCAUGUACAUAUUCUUGCAGAACCUUUCAAUCAUUGACCUUUCUUCUACUUCAAAUAUUUUACCUAAUUUGCUACAUAUUCUUCUCACACAACAAAAUAGCAUUUCAUUCUUGGGGUGUAUGACUCAAAUGUUGUAUUUUGUAUUCUUGGCUAACAGUGAAUACUUUCUCCUGACGGCCAUGGCAUAUGAUCGAUAUGUUGCCAUCUGUGAUCCCCUUCAUUACAUUGCCAGAACGAGCAGGAGACAUUGUGCUUGGCUUAUAACUGCCGCAUUCACUGUUGGUUUUGGUGGAGCAGUCAGCCUUAUGGUACUUAUAUCUAAACUAUCAUAUUGUGCUUCCCAUCUUAUUAACCAUUUUUUCUGUGAUAUCAUACCAUUGCUAAAACUUUCCUGCAGCAGCACUUUUUAUGUGGAACUUUUAAUUUACUUUGAAGGGAUAUUGCUGGGUUUCAAUUCCUUCUUUCUUACUCUGACCUCAUACAUAUUUAUCAUCUCUGCUAUCUUGAAAAUCCAAUCCUCAGAGGGGCGACAAAAGGCAUUUUCUACCUGUGCUUCUCACCUGACCUGUGUCAUAACACUUUAUGGCACAGUAAUUUGCUUGUAUAUGAGACCUGCUGCAAGUUAUUCCAUAAAAAGGGACAAGUUCUUUUCAUUGCUGUACAUUCUCCUGGGUCCUGUGCUAAAUCCUCUUAUUUAUACAUUGAAAAAUAAAGAAUUUCAUUAUUCCCUUAAUAAAAUAAGGCAGAGAUAUUUAUCUUUUUUUUAG